AUGAUACAAGACAGUGGUCUGAAGGUUUGCGCUUCGUGCAAUUUCAGAAAAAAUAGAUCAUAUCACAGAGUAAUUGAUCAAUCGCCUUAUCAUGCUCUGUUUGGUUCUGACCCAAAGAUAGGUUUAUCUUCAUCUUCUUUGCCCAAGGAACUUUUGCCAAAUCUUGAAACUGAGGAAGAUCUGGAGAAAGUGUUUAAAGAGGUUUCAGAGGAGAACAGUGAAAUUGAGAUUGAUGGAACGGAUGAAAACACAGAUGCUGAAUCGGUAGAGUCAGAAAGAGAACUUAAUGAUUCUGGAUCAACAACUACAACUAUUGAAGUAGUAUCAGAGGAAGUCGAAACCACAAUCAUUCGUGCUAGAAAACGUGCAUUGUCUGGCCAACAAAUCCAAGCAGAUGUCCUUACAAGAAAUACAAAUCAAAAACUGAGUGAGUUAUCUGUUGGAGACAACGUUAUUAUCCCAAUACCGCAAUAUGACCAAGCACCGACCGAUCCGAGGAACAUACAAGGUGUUGUUGUAGAAGUAGGAAAUUUUGGAUAUCGUGUAGGAACAAUAGCUGGUAAUUUAUCAGGAGUCUUAAGCAGAAACCAACUUGAAUCAAUUAGUGACUCUUCUUUGUCCGUUACACAAAAUCCAGAUUUACAACUUUCCCUAAGGGAAGCUGUGAAAAAAAUUUCAAAAACUGGUGUACAGUUUUAUCUCUCUUGCAAAUGUAAAGGCGGUUGUAACAAUUCAAAGUGUAAAUGUAAAAAGCAAAAUAUAUUGUGUAAUUCGAUAUGUCAUGGUUCGCUAACCUGCUCAAACAAAUAA